AUGGACGCCUCACAAGUGGUCGAGGCCGUUUCCAUUCUCUACACCGACCCCUCCCCCGAUCGCAAGUCCCAGGCCAACGCAUGGCUCACCUCCUUCGCCGCAACCCCCGCCGCAUGGGGCGUCGCCGCGAGUCUCGUCGAGUCAGCGCAGUCAAUGGAAGUCCGUUACUUCUGCGCCAAUCUCCUGCUUUCGAAAGCGCGCUCCGAUCUCUCUGCUCUCCCCCCAGACUCGCGCGCGGAGCUCGGCGCGCAUCUGCUGCGCCUCGUCGCGUCCUACAUGACCAAUAGCAGCGUGCCACCUGUCGUCCUCUCCCGAGUCUGCCUCGUCGUGGCGGCGGUCGCGCUGCGGUCGGCCAAUCAGCACGCGCUGAAUGCCAUUAUGCUAUUGGACGUCGUGCUGCGCGCCGCUGACGUGGCAGAGAAGAGCGAGGGGGGAUCUGGCGCGCAAGGGCUGGGGGGCGGGGGUGGCGGCGGGGGAGGCGGCGGAGGGGGGAGCGCAAGCGACCAGGCGCUGGCGGUGGUGGUGGCGGUGCUGCAGGGGGUGGCGGAAGAGGCGGAGCAGCUGGACAGGCGCAACACAGAGAUCACCCUCGCGCUCAUCCGGACCCGCUUCCCAGACCUCCUGCAGAUCAUCCAGACAUACACGCAGCGCCACAGCGCUUCCCUCUCCUCCCCCUCCUUCCCCGCCCACCCCCCACCCAUGCUCUCCGCCUUCCUCCGCCUGCUCCUCACCUGGCUGCACCUCGACUUCGCCUCCGUGGCCCAGCACCCAAUCACAGCGUGCCAGCUCAGCACCGCCUUCCCAUUCCUCUGGCACUUUGUUCUCCGCUCGCUCGCAUCGCCCCACCCGCCUGUCGCCGCCACCAGUGCCGAUAUUUUGGUGGCGCUUGUCAGCCAAUCAGAGGCCCAAGCGCCAGUCGUAUCCUCCGUUCUAAAGGCCCUGUUAGACGCCUGGGACGUGGGCCCCCACGGCCCACCCAGAGCACCCUUCAUCCCUCCCUCCACUCCCCCCACUCCCUCCUUCCUCCCCCUUCCCCUCCCCAGCACCAGACGCAUCAGCACCAGUCAUAUCGUCCGUUCUAAAGGCCCUGUUAGACGCCUGGGACAUGCAUCAACACCUGUAAUAUCCUCCGUGCUCAAGGCUCUUCUCGACGCGUGGGACGUAGCACAGGCACAGUCAGGCCAAUGGUCUCACGAGGCCAGGCGGGCAGUGCAGAGGGGGCUGAGCGCCGGGGCAGUGGCCGUGGCGGAGGAGCACCCAGAGGCGCUCACAGACCCGCCACCCGUAAUAUCCUCUGUGCUCAAGGCCCUCCUAGACGCCUGGGACGUGGCCCAGGCACAGGCAGGCACAUGGUCCCACGAGGCGAGGCGCGCGGUGCAGAGGGGACUGAGCGCCGUGGCAGUGGCUGUAGCAGAGGAGCACCCAGAGGCGCUCACGGACCCCCCAGCAGACGCGUCAGCGCCAGUCAUCUCGUCCGUGCUGAAAGCCCUGCUAGACGCAUGGGACGUGGCGCAGGCACACUCAGGCACGUGGUCACACGAGGCGAAGAGAGCAGUGCAGCGAGGACUGAGCGCCGUGGCAGUGGCGGUGGCAGAGGAGCACCCAGAGGCGCUCACGGACCCGCGUGCGCCCGAGGGCGUGGCUGUGGGGGAGGUCGUGCUGGCGUGCGCUGCAGGGGGCGGGGGGGCGUGGGGGGGAGGGGAGGGCGGGGAGGGGGAGAGCGCGGAGGAGGUGGAGGCGAGUGCUGAUGGCGUGGUGGAGUUCUUUUCAGCGGUGAAUAUUGUGCCGGUGAAUGAGAGGAGCGAGGGGUACCGGGGAGCGCUGUUUCUACGGCUGGCCGAAGUGUUGACCACCAAGGCAGCCUAUCCGCCAUCAUUCACAUCGUGGGCUGACAACCAGGAAGAUGCUGACGCAUUCUACCGCUUCAGGGAUCAGCUAGCAGCGGACGGGCUGCACAUGGCGUUUGGGCUGCUGCCAGUGGAAUACAUGGAUCGUGUGGGGGCGUCCCUGCAGGGUGCGGGCACAUGGCAGGCAGCAGAGGCAUCGCUCUUCAUGCUGCGAUCCGCUGCACAGGCAGUGAAGAAGCGGCUACUAAACCUGGAGGCAUACGGGGAGAGGGAGCAGCGCAUGGCAGCCGUGCUGGGGGGGGUGAUGAUGCGGGUGAGCCGGGACGCGGAGACAGGGGGGUUUCUGGCGUCGCACCCCCUGCUGGUGGACACGUGUUGCCUCCUCAUUGGCUCCUUCGCUGACUGGCUCAACCUUCAGCCCGACUGCCUGCUGGGCGUCAUUGGCUACCUCCUUAAAGCCCUGCAAGUACCAGAGGCAGUGCGCAGUGCAGCAGGGGCAUUCAGGGCCGUGUGCGCCCGCUGUGCCCCGCGUCUCAACGCCCCGUCCCUGCUCCAACACCUCAUGUCCGCCACCCUCUCCGCCCUCCCCUCCACCUCCCUCAUCGCCUCUCGCCCCCGCGGCACCGCCCACCUCCCUUCCUCCUUCUCCUCCUCCCUCUCCUCCUCCUCCUUCUCCUCCUUCUCAUCCUCCUCCUCCUUCUCCUUCCCCUCGUCGCACUCUCACGCGCCCGCCUCCCACCCCGCCUCCCCUCACUCCGUAGACCUGGAGAUUAGACAGGCCCUAAUGGAAGGGCAGGCACGGGUCAUCGCCUCCCUCCCCCCCUCCACCGCUGCCCCUCUCGCUCUCAGCCUCACCUCGCUGCACAUACAGCUGGCAGCACAGCUGGCACAGAUGCAGACGAAUGAAGCCAGUGGGUUUGGAUCGAGCAGUGACGGUGGUGGGAGGAGUAGCACUGGUGGUGGGAUUGGCGCGGUUGGGAGUGGUGGGAGUGGGGGUGAGGCGGUGGGAGAGUCGCUGUCGACGCAGCUGCUGCUGCUGGCUGCUGCUGUGCGUUUUCUUGAGUUUGACGACGCCUUGAGACGCAUGCCGCCCUCCCAGCAACAACAACAGCAGCACGAAGCAAUGAGGAACGGAGGAGCACACAUACCAGAACAACAACAAUCACAGAACCACCAACAGCAGCAGCAGCAGCAGCAGCAGCAGCAGCAGCAGCAGCAGCACCCGUGCAUAGCAGUGAUGGAAGCAGCAGCACCACUGGUAUCAGAGCUCCUCUCCUCCCCCCGAUGGCGCUCCCACCCGCAAGUCAUCACCGCCCUCUGCCACCUCUUCCGCCACUCCCUGCUCUGCCUCAAGCACCCCUCUCCACCCAUCCUGCCGUCCAUCGCACCGCUUGUCACCGCAUUCGAGGAGCACCAGCACCCGGCCGUGUUAGAGGUGCUGGCUUUGGUGCUGGAGCUCAGUGCUUCUGCAGCGUCUGCUGGGGGUGCUGCUGGGGAUCUCUCCCUCUGUCACUCCGCCCUGCAAGCUUGCUCCAUCAGUGCUUUCUCGCUCAUUCAGAGAGGUCAUCUCCCCCAUCGGCCAGAGGUCCUGUCAGCCCUCUUCGACAUGGCGUAUCGCUACCUGCUCUUCGCGCCGCACCUGCUGCUGCAGGCGCCCUUCCUGGGGGCACUGCUGGACGCAGCAGCAGCGACAGUGGCACACGGGGAGAGAGAUUCCGCCAAGUCAGCGCUCACGCUGCUCUGCUUCCUGCUCUCCCCGGGGAAGAAGGCGCUCUCGUCCCCCGCCUGGAUCAGUGCUCAACCCGUGAUUAUAACAAGUCUGCAGCACCAAGGCCAAUCAGUCAUCUCCUCCCUCCUCCUAGCAGCCGCGGGAAAAGCCCCCAGAGACCUACUCAGACCCAUCGCCACCACUCUCUACCACCUCAUCCUCCUCCCCGACCUCCACCCGCUCCUCCCCAACUGGCUGGUUACCGCGUUACGCUCUUCAGACUUUCAACGGGGGGUGCCAGAGGCGGUGGGGGAGGGGGAGAUGCAGCUGUUUUGUGAGUUGGUGUUGAGACAGCCCCCGCUGCCAAGGCAGCGGUUUGAAGCGCUGGUGGCGGAUUUUGCUGCCCUUUGCCGCUCUGAAGGGACAGCUGAUGCGCUGUUGGGCUACCAGAUGUAG